AUGAGUACCAAAAUGAACGAAACCUGUAUGAUCUUCGUGGACAUCUCUAACGUCUGGAUCGAAGCCCAAAAGUUCGCUGCCUCGGGCAAGAGCCGCUUACCCAAGCUCCAAGAGUGCGACCAAGAUCCGCGCUAUAGAGUCGACAUCGGCAAGCUUGUCAAGACAAUCUCGAAUGGUCGCUCGGUGAAAGGUGCAUUCCUUUACGGCUCGCGCCCGUCACCCAACGACGCAGAAUGGAACUCAUACGAGAGGUUCGGGUUCAAGGUCAAUGUGUAUGACCGCGCUAAGAAUGGAAGGGAGAAACAAGUGGACACCUCUAUGGCAGCGGAUAUUAGCCGCCAAGCAAGCAUGCUCGAAGUUGGCGCAAUAUAUGACGAGGAGAUCAAACAGCAACUGGAAAAUAUGACAUUCAUCGUAAUCUCCGGAGAUCUCGACAUGCUCCCGUCGAUCGUGAUAACACUAGAGUGUGGCAUCCCCGUCGAGGUCUGGGCCUGGGAGUCAGGCAUGUCUAAUGAGUAUAAAAGGAGAGAGGACAGCAACCUGCGCGUGUCUUAUCUGGACCAAGUAGCCAACAGAGCAUUAUUUGCCAGCACAUGCUCCACCCAAACGGGCAAGAUAGUCGAGGUGGAUAAAACUGUUGUCCUUUGCGAGCUUGCUACCGAACAAACUGAAUCCGUCGAUGCCCAGACUAAGCCUUGGCGUGGGUGGGAUCUUCCCAAACCAUUGAUCAGACAAAGUGAGCAUAAGUGUACCGACCCGGGAGCAUUCGACGAAUGGGAAACAGUCGGGUCUCGAAACGAUCUAAGGAGAGCCCAUCGUCGCACUAUGCAACGAACGCAAGCAUGCCCCUAUGGCCUGCACUGCAGGGAAGCAGGUGCAUGUGGCAAUUACCAUACUGACAAGGAGAGGACACUGUUUCGAGACUUCCCGAGCCUGAAUUUCGCGAAGUGGAGGACUUCCCGGUGCCGUAGUUACCCUCACUGUCCCAGGGGGACUCAAUGUGCGUUUGCCCACUCCGACGCUGACGCUUGGUGCUCGAAGUGCCAUAAACAGGGUCAUUAUGAAGACGGAUGUCGGUUUGGAGUCCGGAAAAAGACCUAA